UGACUCCUCCUCCGCCUCACGCGGAUAGCCGCUCUCAAUUAGCCGAGCUUUGGGGACUUGAGGGCAAAGCCGCGGCUGAGGUAAGAAGUUCAAGGCGGCUUUUCAAAUCAGUCCUGCGGGCCCUCCGAGCCUCCGCCCCGACCAUCUUUCUGAGCUUUAGCCAGCAGUCCCUCGAGCUCCUUCUGUCCCGCGGCUUCGAGCCUUUCUUCUGCGCCGUUCGGCAGUCAGUCGGACCAAAGGGCGACCCUGGAGACCAAUCUCGCCCUCUCGCUUUUGCCGGCUGCCUCAGGGCUGGAGCCGGCGGCUUGUCUUCCCAAUCCGGACCCGGUGUCCCCGAAAGGGCUGAACUCGGCCGCCUGGUGCCUUCAGCCCGACCCAAGCCGGGGCCAAGGCGCUUGGAACAAGUGCGCUGGUCCCGGGGCGAGCGGGGCCAGAGAGUGGUUCCCGACUCCGAGGAGAAAAGUUUGCGGCGAGCAGAUGGGCUCGGACGUUCGCGACCUCAACGCGCUGUUGCCACCGUCGGUGCCGCCCCUGACGGGCAACGGGAACUGCUCCAUGCCAGUGAGCAGCGCGACGCAGUGGGCUCCGGUGCUGGACUUUCCGCCGGGGGCCUCCUACGGCUCGCUGGCCCCUCCGCCCUCGGCUUUCAUCAAGCAGGAGCCCAGCUGGAGCGCUACCGAGCCGCACGAGGAGCAAUGCCUGAGCGCCUUCACCGUCCACUUUUCCGGCCAGUUCACUGGCACGGCUGGCGCUUGCCGCUACGGCCCCUUUGCGCCGCCCCCGCCGCCCAGCCAAGCGCCCUCCAGCCAGGCGCGGAUGUUCCCCAACGGCCCUUACCUGCCUAACUGCCUAGAGAGCCAGCAAGCCAUCCGCAACCAAGGUUACGGCACAGUGGCGUUUGAUGGAGCUCCAAGUUACGGCCAUACUCCCUCUCACCCUGGGGCACAGUUUACAAACCACUCCUUCAAGCAUGAGGAUCCCAUCGGCCAGCAGACGCCUUUAGGUGACCAACAGUAUUCGGUGCCUCCCCCAGUGUACGGCUGCCACACUCCCACAGACAGUUGCUCAGGCAGCCAGGCUCUUCUCCUGAGGAACCCGUACAACAGUGACAAUAUAUACCAAAUGACUUCUCAACUUGAGUGCAUGACAUGGAACCAAAUGAACUUGGGAUCCACACUUAAGGGCCAUGCAACAGGAUAUGAAAGUGAUAAUCAUGCAGGCCCAAUGUUAUAUAGCUGUGGGGCCCAGUACAGAAUACAUACCCAUGGAGUUUUUAGAGGAAUUCAAGAUGUGCGGAGGAUGCCUGGAGUGGCUCCAGCAGUUGUUAGAUCAGCAAGUGACACAAAUGAAAAGCGGCCUUUCAUGUGUGUGUAUCCUGGGUGCAACAAGCGAUAUUUUAAACUGUCUCAUUUGCAGAUGCAUGGUAGAAAGCACACUGGAGAAAAGCCGUAUCAGUGUGACUUUAAGGACUGUGAACGAAGAUUCUCUCGUUCAGAUCAACUCAAAAGGCAUCAAAGGCGACAUACAGGUGUGAAACCAUUCCAAUGUAAAACCUGUCAGAGAAAGUUCUCCAGAUCUGAUCAUCUGAAGACUCACACCAGGACUCAUACAGGUAAAACAAGUGAAAAACCUUUCAGCUGUCGGUGGCCCAGCUGUCAGAAGAAAUUUGCUCGUUCCGAUGAAUUGGUCCGUCAUCAUAAUAUGCACAACAGGAACAUGACUAAACUUCAGCUUACCCUUUAGAUGGUUCAUACUUUUUGCACAACCCAGAUGGGAUUCUAUGAACUGUUGCAAACAUUUUCAGCCAUCAUCUCUCUGCUCGUAAGGAAAUCUUCAGAUGCCUUCAACUUGGAUUUUGGAAUUUUCCAUUCCAAACCUCAAUGGUUUAAAUUUGUAACAUUAUUAUAUAACUAUGUUGGCUAGGUUACACUUUAAAUUUUGCUAUAGACUCUAGUUUAUGUAUAUUUGUUCUUUCCUUCAGAAGGUUUUGUACUUAUUUUUUACUUGAAAUUUGUCACAGUGCUCAGUCAUAUUCAUACAUUCAUUCAUGUACAUUAUAUCCUUAUUGUGAAUAACAAGGUUUCCAAUAUUGCUGCAGUCCUGUACAAAUGUUUAGUCAGGUUUAGUAACCUCUGCACUAUUCAAGGCAGGUCAGUUUUAUUCUCUUUGGAGAAUUUUCACUGUCAGCUAAUCCAAAUCCUUGCUUGCAACUCUCAGAACUGUGGAUGCAAUCGGGUUUUUUGGGGGGGUAUAGAUAUAAGCAACUCAUCUGAGAGGUGAGGGUAAAUGCAUCUCCCAAUGUGCAUUGGAAUCUUGCAUUCCACACUGAUCUUGUGAUGUUCCCAUGUAUCUCUACACUGAAGGUAGGGAAUAUAUAGGGACAAUUGCAUAUCAUGCAAGACCCCUUCAGAACUCCAUUGAAUACUUGUUGUGUGUAUGCAUCUAUGUGUGCAUGUGUGCAUGUGUUUGUGUGUGUAUAAGUCAGAUUGUGCAUGCUGUUAUCAUCUUGAUCUAUACGCAUUCAGUUAUUUAUCUGCAUAGAGAUGAUAAGCGUAUACUAUAUAUGUGUAUUACUUUCUCUGCAUAAUUAGGGAUUUUGCUUUUGCAGGAUUCCCAGUCAUACGGAGACAGUCUAGUACACAUAGUCAUACAUUCAUAUAUCGUGUGCAAAUCCUGAUUAUUCAUUACUCCUGGCCAAUUGCCAUUAUGAUCCUGCUUUGUGUCCAUGUAUAUUCAGUAAAUGUGAUCUAAAAGAUCUGCCACCUGUAUGAUGUCAAGACUGAUAAAGAAAUAAUGAUGAAUUUUUAUUUUAUCUUAUUUUUGGAAAACUUAGGAGAUGAAGGAGAUUUUCUAGAACCUGUUUAUAGAAGAGUGAGAGAUCGUACUGACUUCAUUUCUAAAAGUGAAGAAGGGAUCAUCCCUGUGUCUGAUUUUUAUCUUAUCCCAUCACAUUUGCAUUUAGAUAUCCAAUCGAUCAUCCCUUUUUUGCCCUAAUAAGAAAAGAAGAAUGUGGCAAUGUACCUGAAAUCUUUUCAGGAGGUUGACAAUGCAAACCUAUCCUGAAAAUAAGCACCACUGAACUCAGUUGGACAGACAUCUGAGCUGAUAUGCAUAAAAGUGCUGUAAAAUACUGUGUUGCAUAGUACUGUCACCUUCAACAGGUGACCAUAACAGAAUGUCAUGUCUAAAUUUGGUGAUGUCAGAGGAAUCAAUAGUUUUUUGUACUAAAAAUGAGAAUCUUGCACCGAAGUUGACUGCUUUUUAUCAAUAGGUGUCAUGUAGAAAAAUUGUACAUUUUAAAAAAUAUUGUGAAGCUGGUCUAAAUUUAUUCCACGUUGAGAACAGGUCGUUGCACAACAUACAGUCAUAUAAUCAUAGAAAUUUAGGAUUUCUUUACCAUGCAGCCAUGCUGGUUAUAUGGCUAGCAAGUUGUAUAAAAUUAAAACUGAACUUAAGAGGCUGGUCCAGAUUUUCCAUUAACAUAUGGCUCUUAAGCUUAAACAAGUAGCUCUUAAGUGACUUGAACCUCUCCUCAUUUACAAUUAUAUGUGCAAAAAACCCUAAAAUAAAAUUUAAAAAUGCCCGAUGUGAGGAAAUAUAUUAUUUCAGGGUUUGAGGUUUAUUAUUUACUAUUAAUUGCUUGAAAUGGUGUAUAUAUACAUAUAUAUCUAUAAAUAUAUAUCAAAUAAUGUAUUUGCUUUUAAAUAAUUAAAAUUAGAAAGCAAAUAAACAUUAAAUUUGUCAGGAAUCAGAAGUUCCUGCAAACUAUUGAUACCACAAAGACUGUACCUAUGUUUUUCACUGAGCUUUCAAUUAAAGCCCAUUUAA